AUGGAGGAGAUAAUAGUGUUACAAACUUUAUAUUCUUUGCUGGUACAAAGUAAGAGCAACCGGGUGUCCUUGGUGAGACUACAGACGGAAAUCAAUGAAAACCCUCUGAUGACUAGGCUGGUCCCUUGCACAGGCAAGCCAGUGCUAUCUGUGCACGACAUUUUGGAAAUAAUCAAGCGUUUGUUCCCCAAGAAGACGUCGCUCACAGAGGGCCAAUUAACAUUUUACAACCUUCAGCUGGGCGAGAUGCGCGAAAAGCUGUUUGAGCUGUUUGAAGAUAUCAAGAGCAGGCUCACGAGGCAGAUAGGCGAGUGCGAACCGACAAUCGAAGCAUUGCUCAAGGAUAAUACCACGUCGCAGCGAACGCGGCUACUUGUGCUAUGCAGGGACACGCUGCUGAACAAAUUCGAAGAACAUGAGAAGUCCAAGAUGUAUGCUAAGAGUAUAGGGCAGGCCGUGAUACGAGAACCAUUAGACCUCCGCCUGAUACGCCAGCGAACGCCGGCGAGUAUUUUAGAACCGCAAGCGUGGUUGCAAAUGUGCGUGGCCAACGCUACCAUGUACCACCCCACAGGAAGCGCUGAAUGGCGGAACGCACGCGCAAGCCAGGCCCAGCUGGAUGAGACGAUUGGGUUUGUAAGAAGCGUGCUAGAGUAG